AUGAUGUUGUCUCGUCGUGCGUGCUACAAGUGUGGCAACAUUGGUCACUACGCCGAGGUCUGCUCAUCCACUGAGCGCCUUUGCUACAACUGCAAGCAGCCUGGCCACGAGUCCAGCAGCUGCCCCCUUCCCCGUACCACCGAGACCAAGCAGUGCUACAACUGCCAGGGCCUUGGCCAUGUCCAGGCUGACUGCCCCACUCUGCGCCUGAACGGUGGUGCCAGGGGCAGCGGCAGCUGCUACAACUGCGGCCAGGCCGGUCACCUUGCUCGCAACUGCACUAAUCCCGCUGCCCCCAACGCUGGCCGCCCCUCCGGUCCUCCUCGUGGAGGUUUCCAGGGCCAGGGUGGUUUCCGUGGUGGCUUUGGUGGCUACCCCCGCGCUGCCACCUGCUACAAGUGUGGUGGUCCCAACCACUUCGCCCGUGACUGCCAGGCUCAGGCCAUGAAGUGCUACGCCUGCGGCAAGCUUGGUCACAUCUCUCGUGACUGCACCUCCCCCAACGGUGGCCCUCUCAGCCAGACCGGCAAGGUCUGCUACAAGUGUGGUCAGCCUGGACACAUCUCCCGUGACUGCACCGUCACCUCUGAGACCGCCGCUCCUGCCGCCGAUGCUGCCGCUGCCACUACUACCACCGUCGCUGUGGAUGCCGCUGCCUCCGCCCCCAUUGCCCCGGUUGUUGCUCCUGUUGCUGCCGUCGAGGCUGUCGAGGCUGGUGAAGCCGAGACUGUCCCCGCCGCUGUGGCCGCCGCCACUGUUGCAUAA